CCGCGGCGAGAAGCUGACUGCCGAAGGGGGCGAUCUGUUCUUUGACUACUCGAAGAACCGCGUCAACGAUCAGACGCUGAAGCUGCUGUUGGAACUUGCUGAAGAGUCCGACCUUCGCGGGCGAAUCGAUGCGAUGUUCAGCGGCGAGAAGAUCAACAUCACUGAAGAUCGCGCCGUGCUGCACACUGCUUUACGUGCACCGAAAGAUGCCACGAUUACUGUCGAUGGCGAAAACGUCGUUCCGGCUGUGCAUGAAGUGCUGGACCGCAUGAGCCAGUUUUCCGAUCGCGUACGAAGCGGUGACUGGAAAGGACACACCGGCAAACGAAUCGUCAACGUCGUGAACAUCGGCAUCGGCGGAUCGGAUCUCGGUCCUGUGAUGGCGUACGAAGCGCUGAAGCAUUUCAGCGAACGAUCGAUGACGUUCCGUUUUGUUUCCAACGUCGACGGCACCGACUUUGCCGAAGCGGUGCAAGAUCUCGAUCCGGCCGAAACGCUUUUCAUCGUGGCGUCGAAGACAUUCACCACGCUCGAAACGAUGACCAACGCCACCACUGCACGCGAUUGGCUGCUUCAAGCGUUUGGCGGCGACAAUGCCGCGGUUGCCAAGCACUUUGUGGCUGUUUCGACCAAUGCCGAAAAGGUUUCGGAGUUCGGUAUCGAUACGGCCAACAUGUUCGGCUUCUGGGAUUGGGUCGGCGGCCGUUAUUCCAUGGAUUCCGCGAUCGGUCUGUCGACGAUGCUGGCGAUCGGGCCAGACAACUUCCGCGAGAUGCUGGCCGGUUUCCACAAGAUGGACGAGCAUUACCGCACCGCUCCGUUUGACAAGAACGUUCCCGUGCUGAUGGCGCUUUUGUCCAUCUGGUAUAGCAACUUCUUCGGUUCCGAAACGAUUGCCGUGCUGCCGUAUGAACAGUACCUGAAGCGUUUUCCGGCGUACCUGCAACAGCUGACCAUGGAAAGCAACGGCAAAUACAUCACCCUGAGCGGUAGCCGUGUCGACUACACGACUGGAACCGUUUACUUCGGCGAACCAGGCACCAACGGGCAGCACUCGUUCUAUCAGUUGAUCCACCAAGGAACGGAACUGAUUCCGUGCGACUUCAUCGCUUUUGGCAAGUCGCUCAAUCCGCUCGGCAACCGACCUUCCAAUACGAUCUUCGCCGACAAGCUUUCUCCUUCGGUUCUCGGUCAGCUGAUUGCUCUUUACGAGCAUUGCGUUUACACCCAAGGGGUCAUCUGGCAGAUCAAUUCGUUUGAUCAAUGGGGCGUCGAACUAGGCAAGCAGCUCGCCAAGCAAAUCAUUCCGGAACUGGAAAGGAAAGUAAUGUCACGUAUCGACAGCAGCACUGCCCAGUUUCAGAAAAUCAAGAGUGCCCCUGGCUUCAUUGCCGCCCUCGAUCAAAGUGGCGGCAGCACCCCGAAGGCUUUGCAUGCUUACGGCAUUGAGCCUGACGCUUGGUCCAACGACGAAGAGAUGUUUGCCCUGGUGCACGAGAUGCGUUCGCGGAUCAUCACUAGCCCUGCUUUUGAUGGCGAUCGAAUCUUGGCGGCGAUCUUGUUCGAGAACACGAUGGACCGCGACAUAGAGGGCAAGCCGACGCCUGACUAUUUGUGGAACGUCAAAAACGUUGUGCCUAUUCUUAAAGUCGACAAAGGCUUGGCGGUCGAAGCGAACGGCGUCCAGCUGAUGAAGCCGAUGCCGCAACUGCCAGAACUUUUACAGAAAGCGAAAUCGAAGGGCAUCUUCGGUACCAAGAUGCGUUCGGUCAUUAAGUUGGCCGACACGAUUGGUAUUAAGGAAGUUGUUAAUCAGCAGUUCGCCGUCGCAGAUCAGAUUCUCGCGGCAGGGCUUGUUCCGAUUGUCGAACCAGAGAUCGACAUCAACAGCCCGCAAAAAGCGGAAGCGGAAGCGAUCUUGAAGGAGAACCUGGCCAGUCAUUUGAGCCAGCUUCCGGAAGGCGACUUCGUCAUGCUGAAGCUGACACUGCCGGAAGAGGACAACUUCUAUCAAGAGUUGGUCGACUAUCCGCGCGUGCUGAAAGUGGUGGCCUUGUCUGGCGGGUACUCGCGCGAAGAAGGAAACGAAAAGCUGAGCCGUAAUCACGGC